UCGGUUGUGAGUGGGUGGGACGGGCGCGCGCGCGCGGCUAACCUCACUGCGAGCUAGAAAGUCAAGCGAUGGAGACCUGAUCUCUCUCUCUCUCUCUCUCUCUCUCUACGCCGUGCUGUGGGAUAUUAUAAGAAUUAUUAUGGUAACAAUAAUGAAAAAAACCUCAUUAAUGGACUCGAGGUGGCAAGUUUUCCAGGGAUAGACGAAAAACAACCAAAACAAACCGGACUCUUUCUCGUUGUGGUCUCUGACACGUAAGCGACGCAGGAAAAGUUGAGCGCGCGAGACGGUUUGUGUUUCAUUACACUAGCGCGUUUAUUUACCUCCGUUAGCUCGCUAGCUGGGACGCUAGCCAGCGCAAAGGAUUUCACUUUCCAGCUUAUUUAUAUUAAGUAGAUUUGUUUUGUGUUUUUUUAAAUAAUGGCGGUUCUACGAGCGAGAGUGUUGUACGACUUUACUUCUGAAAACCCUGGAGAGAUAUCGGUCAAAGAGAAUGAGGUAGUGAGUCUGUACAGUGAGCAGGACAUAGAGGGCUGGCUGGAGGGACUGAACAGUAAUGGACAGAGGGGACUCUUCCCUGCGUCUUAUGUAGAGAUCCUGAAGAAUGAAAUCUCUUCUUCAUAUAACAACACCACUUCUGUUGAUGCUCAUCAGGGCUCCCAAAGGGUGAAUAACAUUUCUGCAGGAAACACUUUUACAAGUGGUUUCCCAGCACCACCUCCACUCCAGCAGAGUUACCCAGCCAGUCAAGGGAGUGAUGAUGACUGGGAUGAUGACUGGGAUGACAGCUCCACAGUGGCUGAUGAACCAGGAGUGACGCGUGGAGGUUUGCACGAUUUGGAAAACAACGGACCUAACACCUACAGGGUGACCACGUCCUCCAUGGCCCGAGGCGGCAAUGCUCAGCAAGCCAAGAGUUCGGCGACGGUUGGCAGGAACCUUAACAGGUUCUCGACUUUCGUGAAGUCAGGAGGAGAGGCGUUUGUGCUUGGUGAAGCGUCCGGCUUUGUCAAGGACGGCGAUAAGAUCUGUGUGGUGAUGGGUCAGUAUGGCCCCGAGUGGCAGGAAAAUCCGUAUCCUUUCAUCUGCACCAUCGAUGAUCCGACCAAGCAGACGAAGUUUAAGGGUAUGAAAAGCUACAUCUCGUAUAAACUAACCCCGACGCACACGCAAAACCCGGUGAACCGAAGAUAUAAGCAUUUCGACUGGCUGUAUGCUCGGUUGGUUGAGAAGUUCCCAGUCAUUUCAGUUCCACACAUCCCCGAGAAGCAGGCUACAGGCCGCUUCGAGGAGGAUUUCAUUUCGAAGAGAAGGAAAGGUCUAAUAUGGUGGAUGAACCACAUGACCAGCCACCCUGUCCUGGCCAGGUGUGAUGUUUUCCAACACUUCCUCACCUGCAGCAGCACUGACGAAAAGAGCUGGAAGCAAGGCAAGAGGAAGGCAGAGAAGGACGAGAUGGUGGGAGCGAAUUUCUUCCUGACGAUCAGCCCGCCACUGUCCUCGCUGGACUUUCAAGAAGUCGAGAGCAAGAUCGACGGGUUUAAGGGCUUCACCAAAAAAAUGGAUGAUAGCGUCAUCCAGGUGAAUGCCACGCUCAAUGAGUUUGCGAGGAAACAGAUCACUGGAUUUAAGAAGGAAUAUCAGAAAGUCGGCCAGGCGUUUAAGUAUCUCAGCUCAGCGUUUGAGCUUGACCAGCAGACGUAUUCAGCCGGUCUGAACCACGCCAUUGCGUACACUGGCGAGGCUUAUGAAGCCAUCGGAGACUACUUCGCGGAGCAGCCAAAACAAGACGUGGACCCGGUGAUGGACCUGCUGGCACUGUACCAAGGACAUCUCGCCAACUACCCUGACAUCAUCCAUGUUCAGAAAGGUGCUCUGACCAAGGUGAAGGAGAGCCAGAAACACGUGGAGGAAGGCAAGAUGGAGCGCCAGCAGGCCGAAGGCAUCGCCGAGCGCUGCAACAUCAUCUCGUUCGCCACGCUCGCCGAGAUCCAGCACUUCCACCAGAUCCGCGUGCGUGACUUCAAGGCCCAGAUGCAGCACUACCUGCAGCAGCAAAUCAGCUUCUUCCAGAAAAUCACAAGCAAGCUGGAGGACGCACUCAGGCAGUACGACAACGCCUAGAUCCUCCACACACACACAUGCACCCGUCAUCCUUCUCCCAGGAGCGAGGUGAACGUUAACCAGCCUCUACUUUAGCAAUACGCUAAAACCGAGAGAACCUUCCUCUCUGAUCUUUUAUCAGUUUCUUAGCCACACGAUUUGAAUGUCCGGUCACAGCUAAGCAGGGCUAAAUAAAGCAUAGUGGGGGGGAAAGUAUGUGACAAGAUAGCGUUAACCCUCUCCAGGAGAGGUUUCCAGAUCAGAGGGGGAGGGCAGACGCUUUUGACAGCUCGGAGAAGGUUACAUUACAGCUCUGCGGAACUAAUAGUGCUCAGGAUGACAAGCAUUCCAUCAGAAAGCACAAUUUCUGCUUUACUAACAGUUAGGUUAUUUACUCAACAAAAUAUCUCAUUGCGAAUCAUGUCAUGAGCUCCAGCGCUGAUUUGUGCCAACCUUCAGAACGCAUCCAGCGCUUCCAGGUCAAGUGAGCUUAUUCAAAAAUGUUUACAGAGAUCUGAGCUGUCUUCACUUUGCCGUGCCUUUCAACCCUGUCUUUAUUGAUAUUUUUUAUAAUUUCUUUUAAUUAAUGUUAUUAUACAUUAUAUAUUGUACUUAUUCUAAGAUGUUUUAUAAGGCCGGAUCUUUUUGCCCCGGCUGCUAAAGUAAGGCGGAAGUGGGGCAUUAGUAGAAGACGUGGGAAUGGAAUCAUGCCCUAAUUUGGCUCUCGGACUGUUUUUUUUUUUGUUGUUGUUUUUUUUCCCACGAUAUUUUCAGUAACAGUCGAGAAAACAGGAUUAAGCAAAGACAGCUGUUCCGUCGGUUGAUUACCCCGAUCAUUCGUUAAGAGAUAUGAAAAUAUUCCCAUGACACACGGAGCAGUGUCAGCGUGCAGGGAUCUAAAUAAAGCCAGAGAUAAGAAACUAAAACACGUAGCUCACUCAGGAUUCCACUUCUGUUUCGUUCCAUCAUGGACGCACCUGAGAUCUCCAACCCCAGAGAAGACUCAUGAGAAAUUCGUUUAUUUAAUCAUCAAUGUUUUAUUUAACAUUAUGAUUGAGAAAACACCAUGUUUGUUCGUUCUUUUUUUUUUUUUUCCCCUAAAUAAACCCUGCACAUAACUCA